GGAUCCUCCCUUUGUGACCAGAUCCUCAUCACUUGUAUCUAUAAACGGCGCUACCCUUUGCUGAGCGUCCGCAGCCUCGUCUCCGGGUCCCCUCUGUCCGGCUUGCCCUUGUGCUGGCGCUUCCAUUCUCGGCGGUGCUGUGCUCUUCUUGCCUCGCGCUGCCGACAGCAGACGCCUAAAGCAAUCUCGUUCCUGGCUCUUCUCCCUCGCACGCAACGGUCCAGCCUCUCUCUUUGCCUUGACUUGCUCCAACACUCUCAAGCUCAAACGGAGACUUGAACCACAUCUGAGUCGUCCAACUUGCCUGCCUGCGAUACCUCGAUUCCUCUCCACCAGCCUUGCAGAGGUCUGCACUAGAUCCACAAGCUAGACUAUAGGUACAGCCUUCCCCGUUCCCGGUUAGAGGUGACGAUCCUACACACCCUCUCAAAAUGGCUCGCUCCUCAUCUUCCAAGGCGAAAUCUCGUCAUUCGAAUCGGCAAGACACUACCAGUCCGGCCCCUUCUGCAGCACUUGCCAGCACAAAGUCGAAACGUGGGACCUCCACUGCUUCGCAUGACGCCGAGUCCUACUCGGCAUUCAAGAGACAGAGGUCGCUGAAGAGGAAGUCGGAAAAGAAGGCAUCGCAGAGGUCGUUGGAGCGUCAGCUGGAAAUCCCGCUGUACAUUCUGCUGGCUCUCUGCGUUUGUCAUGCUCUUUCAGGGACCUCUUCCCUUUCCCUGGUCCACCUUUCAGCCCAUCUCCCCCACUCGAUACAAAAGCUUCUGCCUGCCUGGUCUCGCAGGCUCCCGAAUCUAGCUCCAUACGCAUCAGAUGUGCCAAAUGCCUCUCACGACUCCAAGACCAGUCUUCUUCUGGGAUCGUCUCUGGCAGGUCUCGUAGGAGGCUCCAAUGUAGGCCAAGCUGGACCCUUCCGGAGCGAUGCGGCUGGCUUCGGUCACCCUUUGACAGCUCUACACACCUUUACAAGAGCUUGCCUCGGCUUGUCGUACGCGAUUCGCCCAGCAGGUGAGCUGACAGACGACGCUGCCGCCGCUGCAGCAUACGCAUCAGGGUUGAGCUACCCAGCUCAGCCCGAGCCGUGGGCUUGGCUGGUCGGCCAGCCCGGCACCAUGUACCACAAGGGCCUCAAGGAUGCACUCUAUGCGGCUACUUGGGUGCUCAUCUGGACCGCCCUAAGAGCAGCCGUCAUCACCUACAUCUUGGUCCCGCUGGGUACCCGAUGGGUGACCAAGCCCAAGCUACACGAUGAGCAGAAGAAUCUCGCCAUCACUGGAGCUCGCAGGCUGAGGCGUAUCAAAGUGUGGGAAAAGAACAUCAUGCGCUUUGCCGAACAGAGCUGGUGCGUCAUCUUCUACAUUGUCAAUUUGAGCGUGGGACUACACAUUGCCUACCAUUCCGACUAUUGGUUCAACCCGGCUGGAUUCUGGACUGGCUCUCCUCAUGUAGAGUUGCAGGGAAUUGUCAAGUUUUACUACCUGACCCAAUGUGGCUACUGGUUCCACAUGCUCAUCGUCAUUCAAGUCGAGGCCAAACGCAAGGACCACUCGCAAAUGUUCACACACCACAUCGUGACCAUUCUGCUCCUCGUGGGGUCCUAUGCCUCCCACUACACCCGAGUCGGCAAUGCCGUUCUCUGUCUAAUGGAUCCAUCAGAUAUCCUCCUUUCGCUCGGAAAGUGUCUCCGAUACGCCGGCCUGCAGACCCUUUGCGAUGCGACCUUUGGAGCCUUCCUCCUCUGCUGGGUCGUCCUUCGACAUUUCCUCUACAUGAUCCUGGUCUGGAGCUGCAUCGAGACGCUGCCCAAGGAUCGAUUCGAAGUGGCAAAGUACCCCUCUAGGGAAGCAUGGGAGACUCGCGAGUCUAUCCCCGCCACGGACCCGCUUGUGUUCAAGAAGAUCCACUACUCUCCCCUCUCUGUGUCGGAGUUCUUCGCAAGUGAUCUAGACUUCAGCAGGAGCUUCCUAGUCGCCCUCCUAGUGGUGCUACAAUUUCUCCUGCUAACCUGGUUCGUCAUGAUUGUCCGCGUAGCCUAUCGGGUCGUUACGGGCGGGGGAGCAGCUGAUAGUCGAUCGGACGAGGAGUUGAGCGAAGAGGAUGAAAAGGCAAUUGAAGAGGUGGAGGUGAAGGAGAAGGAGAAGGAGAUGCAGGAGGCGAAUAAAAAGGGGCAGAUGAGGGAGGUGACUGCUGGUGACAAGGGGGUCGAAAAGGUCAAUGGCAGUCAUGACCAUGACAAGGUGCAGGAGAACUCAACAUCGUCACAUACUAAUGGCAGUGGACGCCACGGGAAUGGAGGUGCUGCUGCCUCCAAGGUACUCGCGGACAAUAGCAACGUCAAUGGUCGAGGGGCUUCGCCAGCCACAACAACCGCAGGAGGAGGAGCGCCUCAUGGCCUGAGUCGGACAAAUUCGACUUCGACUACGAUGAAGAAGAAGAAGCGGUAGUCACCCAGCUGGCUGGCUGGCUGGCUUUGUCCUGCUGCUGCUACUGCUGCUGCUGCUAUUGUGUCAGGCUUUGCUCUUCCUCCUCUCUUGUCUUGUCCUUUGUCUCUUCGUUGCUAAAAGUGCGCCACCGUAUAGUCAGUGAGCUAUAUAGGGAGCUAGCGCUCUUCCCUUCUCCCCCUCUCUCCAUCUCCCUUAUCUGUCUUGUGGCCCUGCUCAAUGAUCAUGCUUAUUACGCUCUCCCACGCCCUCUCAUCAAUUCUGUGCUUUUCCUGACGAGCGGCGCUCCGAGCUUGCUUGUCACUACAAAUUCGAAGCUCAAGCUUUCGGGACGGAGAAUACGAACGGU